UUUAAUUUUUAUAAAUAUUUAAAAUAGAUCAAAAUUGAAGUUUAAAAUGGAAGAAAUCAGCAAUUGUUUAAAUAAUUUGGCAUCUCUUGCGCUUUCAACAACAGGGGAAAUUCCUCCUCCAUUGGUAGGAUGUUCUUUUACUCUUAUUGGAACAAAACUUUAUGUAUUUGGAGGACGUUUAGUUUCUAAUUGGUGUUUAACAAAUGAUUUAUAUGUCUUGGACUUAGAAUCAUAUAUUUGGACGAAAAUUCAUAAUCCUUCACCAAAUCUUCCGGAACCCAGAUAUUUUCAUUCAGCAGAUAUAUAUUUGAAUUGUAUUUAUGUUUUUGGAGGAAUUGGGUUAUCUAAAAAUCCAGAUAAACCUUAUUGUGUUUUGGAUGAUAUUGUUGUUUUUGAUCUUCAAUUUGGAAAAUGGAAGAAAAUAAUGGUAUCAUCAUCAUAUUUUCCGAAACCUCGAUAUGCACAUUUAUCUGUUAUUAAUAUGAAUUUUUUGGUGAUUAUUGGAGGACAAGAUUUGGAAAAUAAUUAUAUUGAAGAAGCUAAUUGUUUUGAUUUAAAUACACAUGUGUGGUCAUCUUCUUUCGUUUUUAAUAAACAUUGUGGUCUUUAUCGUUCGGUUGCUUCUUGUAAAAUGGAAACUUUUCCCGAAUGUGCAUUGAAUCUUAGUGAAAAGAGUACAUUGAUAUCUGAAAUUGCUUCGUCAGGUCAAAACUCGCCUUUUCAGACCAAACGGAAAUCAUUAAGUAUUUCAGAGUCAUCAAAAAGAUUAUCUGUCCAUAGCGAAAUAUCAAAUUUACAUUAUCAUUCACAGUCUAAAAAAUCAUUUGAUAAUGCACAAAAGUCUGAUGGAGAAUUAACCUCUUCAUCUCAUACUCAGUAUGUUCCGGGUAGUCCCAUUUAUAUCUAUUCUAAUUAUAAUUUCAAAAAUCUGAAAAAUGGACUUUAUAUGCUUACUAUUUCAGAAAAUAAUGAAUACGAUACAACAGACAUUUCUGAUAAAGUUUCAGGUGAAUUAAAACCUUCUGGUUUACGGUUUCCAUCGGGAGGUAUUCUUGGUGAACAUUUUGUUAUUUUUGGAACCUAUUUAACAAAUACUACACAUUCUUAUAGUAUUUGGUCUAUUGAUCUAAAUAGUUUGACUUGGUCAAAGAUUGAUCCUGGCCCAUUAUUAAAUGAAGGUUCUUGGAACAAAGGAAUCAUAGAUUAUGAUAAAAAUUGUUUACUUAUUUUUGGAAAUAAAAAACAAGAUUUAGUUGAGGAUUAUAAUCAUCGAAGAAUCAAUUUUGAUCAUAUUAUUCUAGUUGAACUUGAGGCUUUUGGAAUUUUCAGAGUAACUAUUCCAAAAAUGUCUUCUACUGCUCAAGAAUUGGGAUUAAUGAUGUUGGAAGAUCCUUCUUUUUCCGAUAUGGAAAUCUUAACACAAGAUAACGUUGUUCUACCCUGUUCUACAAAAGUUUUGUCCACAAGAUGGCCUCGGUUUCAUAGUUUUUUCAAAUCAAGUCUUAAAAAAGAUACCACUGAGUUUUCAACUUAUGAUUUUUUAAAUGAAAAUCGAAGAAGUACUUUGACUUUACAUAAUAAUUUGACUCAAUUGAGCAACAGUGGACCUCCAUCUGCAAGAUUUUAUAAUCGUUCUCGUACUCUUUAUAUUCCUCAUCCAUCAUCUGUUGUUCAGCAAUUUCUUAGAUUUUUAUAUACGUAUUCAUUAGAACCAAGUAUUUUGGAUGAUAUUUCGGCUCUUUUCUCUCUGCUAUCACUCUCUAAAAGUUUCGGUCCUGAUUUAGAAGUAAAAGAUCUAAGUCUUUAUAUUUUUUAUGCUCUUCAGAAAUGUUUAACUCCUGAAAACGCUUCUUCUAUCUAUGAAAUGGCUGUCUUGUACGGACAUAGAGGGUUACAGAUCCGUGCUCUGAAGCUGGUUUCUUCUUUAAACAAAGAUAAUAAUUAAUUCUUCUCUAUCAUAACUAUUUUAUUUCAAAAAAAUAUAUACACAA